CUUGGAGACGCUCCGUCCAAUCAGAGAGGAGGUUAUUGUGGCUUCGCGCAUGCGCAGUAAACCACACUUCAUGUGUUCUGGUCCCUACGUCGCGUCCGGUGGAGGUCACGCAUAUUCUGUCUUUACCUGAGUGUGACAGGAUUUGGUACCAUGGCCAAACUGUUUGAGUCCAUUGGGAAGCUGGGUCUGGCCCUGGCCAUCGGUGGAGGAGUUGUGAACUCUGCCCUUUUCAAUGUUGACGCCGGACAUAGGGCAGUGAUAUUUGACAGAUUUCGUGGAGUGCAAGACAGCGUUGUUGGUGAAGGCACCCACUUCCUCAUUCCUUGGGUUCAGAAACCAAUCAUCUUUGACUGCCGUUCCCGUCCACGCAACGUGCCUGUCAUCACAGGCAGCAAAGAUCUGCAGAAUGUCAAUAUCACACUGCGAAUCCUCUUCCGGCCGGUGACCGGCCAGCUCCCACGCAUUUUCACCAGUAUUGGAGAGGAUUAUGAUGAGAGGGUGCUGCCAUCCAUCACCACAGAGGUCCUGAAGGCUGUAGUGGCUCGUUUUGACGCUGGUGAGCUCAUCACCCAGAGAGAGCUGGUGUCUCGGCAGGUCAGCGAGGACCUGACAGAAAGAGCCUCCACCUUUGGGCUCAUCUUAGACGAUGUUUCACUGACACACUUGACCUUCGGCAAGGAAUUCACAGAGGCUGUUGAGAUGAAGCAGGUUGCCCAGCAGGAGGCUGAGAGGGCCCGUUUCGUGGUAGAAAAGGCGGAGCAGCAGAAGCAGGCUGCCAUCAUCUCGGCGGAGGGAGACUCUCAGGCUGCCUUGCUCAUCGCCAACUCUCUGAUGGAGGCUGGAGACGGUCUGGUCGAGCUGCGUAAACUGGAGGCAGCUGAGGACAUCGCUUUCCAGCUGUCCCGCUCCCGCAAUGUCACUUACCUGCCUUCAGGCCAGGGCACAUUACUCCAGUUGCCACAGUGAUAGCAUCACACCCCUCUAUCCACCCCUUCUCUCUGUCAGCAUCCGUGGAGGGGGUGGCUAGAAGAUUCAAUAAGGACUCUCCAACUUCACACACACUCCUCCCACUCUUUCUCAAGCCAACUAUAGACUGGCCACUGCUGAUAAUGGCAUCAUGGGAGACAGAGUGAGGGGAGAUACAUGAUGGAUGAAGCUAUGGAGCCCUCUCUCACUUGUGUGUGUGUGGAGGAGUGGGAGGGAGUCAGUCACUAUCUAUGGUAAUCUACAUUAAAGUAGUGUGUUUUGAAACAGAAUCGGCAGUGCAGUAAAUUCUCUCAAGAUUUGUCUUUGUUGAAGAUUCAAAGCACUUCGCAGUCAAAGCAUGUGAUUAUGUGGGGAGGAAAAGAGAUACAGUGAUUCUGUUCCUUGGGACGAAUUUAAAUUCCACAAUAAAAGAGAGGAUCAAUCAGUAAUUUAACGACAGAUGGCACUGGUCUGUUAUUGUAUUGUUGGACAGUUUUCAUGCAAUUGUAUAAGCAUACUGAAAUGUGUAAACAAUGGCUGUACUUUGCCUUUAAGAUGUAAUUGGCCAGAGAUGGUUCAUUAAUUUGACUCAAGUUCUCUUUGUGCAGUCACACUUGCUAGAUGGAGGGUUUAAGCUUUCUUGGAAUAUAUCUGGUUUCUUGCAAAGCAUCCUCAUCAGUAAUGUGCCUCAGCCCUAUCAAGUGUAAUGAAACCUGCCUGUCAGACAGUAGAGGAUGCAGCUUCAUUCUUUACAAAUGUCUCUGUGUCUUUACUUUGCGAGGACGAUAUGUACGCCCCGUGUUCAAAAAUGACUCGACUAAACAAAAAUAAAAUUGUCCUUCUACGUUGCCGUGGUAACACUUGUUGUCAAAGGCCUUUGAGGUGAAUGUAUUCUCUGCUCUGUACCUUCAUAUUUAGCUGCACCACAGGAGGGUGCUCCACGACUGCCAUUCCCUUCUUAUAAAGAAAAAUACACAGUUGCA